UUUUCACUAGAAUUAUAAGACAUGACAUGUUGAAAUGGUUCAGUCUAUCUUUUGCGAGACAAGGAAGAGGUGACGAGAAGUGCACGGUUCAGAUUUCAGCAGCAGGAUAGAAGUUCACAGUUUUUGUAAUUAAAAAAAAAAAUCUUGUUUUCCUGAAUUUGGAUCCGUCUAUCUAUCCAUCUAUCUGUUGAAUCAUCAAUGGUUUUAUGAAAUUUUAGGAUAACUGUUAGAAUAAGCUCGGGUGCCUCUGUAUUACUAUUAACAUACCCAACAAACUACUGGCUUUCCUCAUCACCGCGCAAUCAAAAAAGAAAUCUCUUACUUUGCAGUCUCGCUCUGUAUUCCCAGUCGCAGUAACGCUCUGUGCCAAAAAAAAAACACUUUCAAUCUCUCUCUCUCGAUUACACUUUUGUUUUCCAUUACAUUUUAGUUUCGUUUCCCUCAAUGCAGCCCUUUCCUUAUCGAAAGGCCGCAUGACAAACAAAUUUUCUUCUUUCAACUUAACAGCGUUGCCAAGCGCUCGCGCAGCCAGUUCACUCACUUCAGAGCCAUGCACCCGUGCGCGUUCACCUCGCUGCUGCUGCUAAUCAGCGCAGCUCAAAGCCAAAACGCUGCAUUCAAAUCCAUUAGUGGGUUUCUGGAGUGCAAGAAAGCGCUCAAUGUAUCCGCCUUGGAGGUCCUGCCGGGGGGCGGUUGGGACAACCUGCGCAACGUUGACAUGGGCCGGGUGAUGAAUUUUAACUACUCCCAGUGCCAAACCACAGAGGACGGGGUCUAUCUGAUACCGGACGAGGUGUCUGCGGUCCCGGAGAAGCAGAGCAAAGUGGAGAGCAGCUCCGAGAUCAUUGAGAGCUGGCUGGACCACAGAAGCUCCGUGGCGCAUUCGGUUAACGCGGAGGCCUCUUACUUAUCGUGGGUGAACGGGAAAUUCUCCACGGAGAAUCAAAGGGUGAAGACGCACCAAGUGCAGGACAGAGCGGUGACCGCGAGGGUGCAGGUCAAAAACUUCAUGUACAGUGUGAAGGCCAACCCGGAUUUCACCUUCGAUCCCCGCUUCAAGGAACAAGUACAGGACAUCGCCAACGCCCUGGAGAACAACCAGACAAGGAUGGCAAGCUAUCUGUCCGAAAUGCUGGUGCUCAACUAUGGGACACACGUCCUGACCUCAGUGGACGCCGGGGCCAGCCUCGUCCAGGAAGACUAUCUUCAAUCCUCCUUCGUCACCGACGCCUUCGGAAGAAAGUCCUCCAUCGCGGCUUCGGCCGGGGUCAACUUUUUCAACAAGGUCAACAUCGGGGUGGGAGGUUCCAGCGGUCCAGAGGACAACUUUACCCAGCAGUACGUGGGCAACACCACCUAUUCCCUGACGGAAAGCCACGGAGGAGUCCCGUUCUACCCGGGCAUCACCCUCCAGAAGUGGCAAGAAAAUAUCGGCAACAACCUGGUGGCCAUCGACCGCUCCGGGCUGCCUCUGCACUUCUUUCUCACCCGGGAGACCCUGCCUGGCCUCCCCGAACCGACCAUCCGCAAGCUCUCGAAAACCAUCGACCGAACCAUCCGGACCUACUACCUGAUCAACACCCGUCCCGGCUGCGUCCGUCUGGACUCCCCCAAUUUCAACUUCGAAGCCAAUGUGGAUGACGGCUCGUGCGAGGGAGCGCCCACCAAUUUUACCUUCGGGGGAGUUUUCCAAAACUGCACGGAGCUGAGCUCGGACGCUGGAGGUCUCUGCCAAGCCUUAGAGCAGAAGAACCCGCUGACCGGCGGCUAUUCCUGCCCGGCGCCCUACCAAGCGGUCAAGCUGCGGACCGAGGAGAAGGAGGAAGGCUACAACCGCUACGAGUGCAGCCGACGCUGCCACGGCUGCUGGCUCUUCUUCAAGUGCUGCAAAGACGUCUGCGGAGACGCCUACAGGAUCCGGAAAGCCCGUUUCGACGCCUUCUGGUGCGUUGCCGCCAAGGAUCCAGUCCCGGCGGAUUCCGGAUACCUCUUCGGCGGACUCUACGGCUCUUCCUCCCAGAACCCCCUCACCAAAACCCGCUCCUGCCCCUUCGGGUUCGUCCCGCUCAAACUCCUGGAUGACCUCCGGGUGUGUGUCAGCGAUGACUACGAACAGGCGGCCCGCAACUCGGUCCCGUUCGGCGGGCUCUUCAGCUGCGAAGCCGGAAACCCCUUAUCCGAGGGCUCCCGUCAGAGCUGCCCGAAAGGUUUCAGCCAACACCUGGCGGCGAUCAGCGACGGCUGUCAGGUCCUCUACUGCGUCCGGUCCGGGGAGUUCACCGGGGGUCAGUUGCCGCCUGUCCGGUUGCCCCCUUUCAUCCGCAAGCCUCUGGUUAGCUACGACUCCACCAACACCGUCAUGGUCAUGAGCGAGGGAGAAAUGUCAUGGAUCAAGGACGCCAAGAGCCAGAUGUGGAAACUGGCCAAGCCGGAAGACUUGCAACGGAUGACCAAGCUGCUGGACGCGCAAAGGGAGGGUUUGUCUGGGGGAGCUGUGUUCGGGGUGGUCUUUGGAGUGCUGGUUUCGGCAGCGCUUGUGGUGGGCUUGGUCGUCUACGGGAUCAAUCGAAGGCGUAUUCAGGGUUACGGGGAAUUUAGGGAGACCAGCGACGGGGAGAGAAGUGAGCGGGCUGUGGGAGGGGAGAGUGAAACCCAAAUGGAAAACGAAACCGGUUCCUCCGAUACAAGUCAGAUGCUCCUGGCUUAAUACCAGCGACUCAGGUUUCAGAAAGGUAAUGCGGGUGGUCGAAGUUCUCAUAAUCAUUCCUGAAAUCUGACCAAUCACUUAUAAUACAGCCGCGUGCAAAUGUAUCAGAACACCUCCAGACGUGUCAUCGAUAUCCUUUAUAUACCCACCUGCAUGAAAACACCUCAGGGUGUGAGAAUUUCAAUCUCCGCUCAGUAAUCAGCGAUAUAGAAACAACAGGUGCUUGUGUGCGAAAAUGUCAGACCGCUCUGUGCUUUAAUCAGGCGUCUUAAACAACUUCUAAAAAGUCUCCUGCGUUUGACAGCAUGUGGCUCUGUGUUCCUUUUCUCUGACUGUUUGAAAGGAAUUGCACUUGUGGCAUAUUAAAGUCAUCAAAUAAAUGGGAGAAUCGCUAAUCUGCCUGACAAUUUUCCAGUUCCAGUGGUUUUGAUUUCACACGCACAGUAAAUCAAAACUACAGAAGCAAUGGGGUGUUCGAAUACAUGUGCACACGGCUGUCGGUCUCAAACAUGCGGUUUUGAAAGACCUUUUUCUUUAUUAACAUCAUAAGCUUGCCAUAAUAACUAAAACCUCUCUAAUUUGCCAAGCAUCACGAAUAGACUUAACUUAAUAUCAGUAUGAACUUAGCCUUACACUAAUAAAGGAUUAGCACUAGAAUCUUAUAACCUUUAAUGUAUCACAGUUAGGGAACUGCAACACUGGUGAAGGCAUUGAUUGGAACUAUUAUUAGUUAUUUUUAAUUAACGAAUCAUUUAGCAGACGCUUUUCUCCUAAGCAACUUACAGAGACUAGGAGGGUGAACUCUGCAUCAUCAACAACUGCUGCUGCUGCAGAGUCACUUCCAAUAGGAGCUCGUUUGUUUGACAUCUCAUCUGAAGGACGGAGCACAAAUUAUACUUAUGAAGGAAUCAGCUGAAAUGUUUCACUUUUGUCAAGAAGUGUCCACUUCUCUCUGUCUACUCAGUCUGUCUCCACUUCCAUACUGUGUGUUCUCAGGUCCUGGUUUCCUAGCUGCUCUUCAAGUGUUGUUUUGGGUUGACUGUGUCGAAUCCUUUUAAGAGUUUAACAGACUUCAAUCCUCUAUCUCCCUGAUUCUGUCAUUUGUACAGCUGUUCUGCUAUAAAAAAUAAUAAUAAAUGAC